GUUGCCAUAAAGUAAGAUUAUGACAACACUUAAUCAGGGAAAAUUUUUUAUUGUGUCGUUUUUUUUUUGUUCCCUCCAAACUAUUUGACAAGGCCGCGUAAAAAUUAAGAAACCAUAUUUCAGCUCUCAAUGAUUUGCUCCAAAAACCUUUCUGUACUGCUCUCAAUCGAUUCACUUUCUAUCCCAAAUCCUUUCAUCGAUACCCUCUGACCACCACUACUCCUAUAGGUGCUGCUCUGUCAACCACAGCAGAAAACUAUUUUGAAGAUGCUCUAACCACUACUGCUUCCGUGGUGCUCUAGCCACCAUUUUGGAGCUAUUGUCAAAAAGUUAGACCGAACGCCACCGCUGCUCCGACUUCAAUUUCAGCUCUCAAAUUUGCACUUUAAUUUUUGAGCAAUUUUAGGAUUUUCUUCUUCAAUUUGGUGAUUUUAAGGUUAGGAUUUUAAGCUUUCAAAUCCAACCAACACAUGGUUAUCAAAACUCCUGGCAAUUUUCUCUAUUAUAACCUAUUUUGUCUCUCUUUUAAUUCAUUUGGAUUUGCUUCAAGAUUGUUGUUAUUUUUGUCUGAACCAAGGCAGGUUCUAAAUUUAAAUUAAUGUGCAUACUUAUUAUAAUCAUAUAUGAGUAUGCUCACCUUGUAAAUGUUUUAGACUAUGUAUAUAGUUCGAGGUGGAGUUACUUUUGUUUAGUAGUGUAUAAGUACAUCCGACACGGACUUGUUUGUUAUACAGUGUAUUGAUGUACUCUGUUAUGUGAUCACUGAUGUACUGUUGUUAGGUUAUAUUUUUUGAUAAUUAGGUGGAAAGUUAAUUUGCCAAACCACCAUGAAGAUAGCCAGUGACCCUAAAUGUCCCGUUACUGGCAAGAGAAUCCAAGGGUAGGGGUUAUGUACACAAUUUGAAGCCUUGGGGAAUUUUUUGGUGGAAGUUGAGGUUUCUAUGGGAACAUCGAUCUGAAUGAGUGCACAACAAUAUAGAUGCUUAUGCUGCUACAACCAUUAAUGUUGGUACCUGCAGCCUACCUGGGGCUCAAGUUGGUUACUUCAGGGGUCAAGUGAUACUUCCACUUAUAUACACUGUUGAGCAUGAAGAGUUGUUGGAGGUCAUUAAGUUGGAAGGCCAUUCUCCUGAGGAUGAUAUAAUGCCAAGAGAUAUGUUUCUAUUGCAAGAAGUGUUCAGUCCAAACCGCACCUUUGAUCUUACUUCUGCUUUUGAAACUGGUUCGACGAAAAACAAAGUGGCCAAUGACCUUCACACUGUUUGUGGCACAUCAAUAUUUGUCAUGACAAUUUCUUUUCAAUUUGCUUUUGAAAGCCACAUGCAAGGGAGUGUUGCUUCAAUGGCUCGACAGUAUGUCCGAAGCAUUAUUUCAUCUAUCCAGAGAGUUGCAUUAGCACUUUUAUUCUAUCACUUGGGUUCUCAUGGAGGUCUUCGUUCACCAUUUGGGACUCCUGAAGCACAUACAUUAGCUCGCUGGAUCUGCCAAAGUUACAGGUGCUUUUUGGGCGUGGAGCUUCUGAAAUCAAAUACUGAUCAAGGAAGUGAAUCAAUUCUCAAAGGCCUAUGGCAUCACUCAGAUGCUAUUAUUUGCUGCUCUGCUAAGGUUGCUGAGCUCACCAACAUGUCCAGUACUUGAAGUUUUUACAUUUGCAAAUCAGGCUGGUCUUUACAUGCUUGUGACAACCUUGGUUGCACUUCAAGAUAUUACGUUGGAUAAAAUGUUUGAUGAUCAUGGAAAGAAAAACCUCUGCAUCGAGUUCCCACAGACAAUGCAACAGGUCGGCACUCCUUUUAUGUGGAAAAAAUUUAAUAUAGAGAUGUUAUUACAAUGAGCUAAUUUGAACCAUGGCAAAUUGAUGAAGAAGCAAUUGAAAUAUAAACAAGUCUUGAAACGUCGCCAAACACUAACUAGAUAAAAUAUUCUUAAUUACCCUUGUGAAUUGAUUAGCAAAAGAAGCUUCAGUGCUAUGGUAGGUGUUGCUUUGUUUUGACUAGGAGUUCAUUGGUUCAAAAUAAAGAAACAUCAUCAUGCAUAAAUGCAAAAAAACACAUACAAAUGACCAAUUUUCUUCUACUUUCCCUGAUCCCGGAUAUACCACAAUCUUAUGUACUGAUUUGUAUGCCAGUUUAAUCUGACCGUUGCAGUUCCUAAUUGUUGU